UCCAGAAACAAAAGUCUUUGUUUUAAUAGUUCACGGUAGUGACUGAGGUGUCAGCUUUUUACUACUUUACCGAUUCAUGGCAAGGAAGUAGACUUAAGUCCAUAUAAGUCGCAGGGAAAUUGCUGAAACUUCAGGAAAGUACAGAGGGGUGCAGAGUGCACAUCUUCACUCACAGGGUUGGAGCACAGCAAUAGUUACUGGACUUAACUAUGAAAAAGAUGGAGAGAUGACACUCCUUGGACUAUAAAGUGUUUCAGGUGCAAUGGCAGAUCCCAUCCGCUGGGCCCGAUACCGCUGGCAGCGACUGAUAGCAACAGAGGGCAGAGAAUGCAGCAGCAACAAUUCAAGUAGCAAGUGCUAUCAGUCAUCAAAAACUACUGGCAAACAUAGGAUAGUGAUACCAUGUUUGGGACAUUUUAAAGAAGAGUAUGAAAAGGUAUCAAAACUGUACAUGAACAACAAAAUACGGACUACUAGGUAUACUUUACUGAAUUUUUUACCACGGAAUUUAUUUGAACAAUUUCACAGAGUUGCCAAUUUGUAUUUCCUAUUUCUAGUUGUCCUAAACUGGGUUCCUUUGGUUGAAGCUUUCCAAAAAGAAAUUACAAUGCUACCUCUGGUAGGGGUUCUUACAAUUAUUGCAGUGAAAGAUGGUCUGGAAGAUUACUCAAGGUACAAAAUGGAUAAACAGAUAAACAACUUAGUAACCAAAGUAUAUUGCAGGUAA